CAUUGCUUUCAUCCCGUUUUUCGCCGCUUCUUUCUGGGGUUUCUUCCUCUUUUUGUGACAAUAGACGGUCCAUUCUAAUCGGGUUUCAAAGUAAAUAGCAGCGCAGGGGCGAGCGCAAUGUAAAUUGUGCUUGUCAGAGCCCUCAGUCGUAGGUAGCGAGGAGCGAGGACUCUAACCAAUGGAGUGAAGGAGGCUUGGCUAACCUUAGCCUCCCAUUUUCUCUCUCCCCCCCGAUGCAGGGUUCUGACCAGUCAGUCGCCUUUGAUUAUCAGUUGCCAGCAGCCCCUCUCUUGGCUCCUUGACACGAGCACCAUAUAAGGCGCAGCGAUCUCCAUAGAAACGUGUCAGUUUCAAUAGUAGUGUCAAAGUUCACUAUAUACAGACAUUCGCGCAGAUCUCCGUUUCGGAAACAUUGCUCCGCUGGUACUCCCGUUAAAACGCAUUCUUUUUUGAGUCUCUGCUUCUUACAUAUUCCAUUAGUUGUUUUUUUUUUCUUUUUAUCCUUGCUCUGUUCCUACUGGAGAGGUGAAACUACAUAGGCACUCGGGCGACGUUGUUUUUUUUUUUUCUUUCGCCGGACCAGAUGAGCUUUAUUCAUGAACAUAGAUAGAGAAAUCCGUUCUUCAGUGUUUCCUCCUCUUCAACCGCGAAGACGGAGAGAGGAGCAAGGAAGAAAAAAGAGGGGAAUUUAUUUUGCACAGCACUUUGGAUCUCCGGUCCACCAGAAAGCUACUAUUUUUGCUUCAACGUGAAGAAUUUUUAUUGCGGUAUUUUUUAAGAAAACUGAUUUUUUUAUUACGUCUGGGAUCGCUUUCUCUAUUCACGAUUGGGUUCCCGAAUGGCUGACUGCAAUUUACCUUGGAACUGGCCUCCCGACAAUUGCAUAUCCUGAUCGGGUGCCUUUCUAUCGACUGCGGUAUUUUGAAUGUAUUGAUCAUUUUCUGCUUCUACUUUUUUCCUUAUGAGAUUGAGUGCUCCGAUUUGAAUUCGCGCUGCCGUUCGUCCAAGACUUCCCUUUUCCCUGCUCCGAUAUCCGAGCGACCAGUUCGCUUGAAAGCACUUUUCGGGCCCGAGAUAUGGCAAUGGUAGUUAGCGUCUGGCGAGAUCCGCAGGAAGACGUGGCCGGAGGACCUCCGAGCGGCCCCAAUCCAGCAGCUCAGCCGGCGAGGGAGCAACAGCAGGCGGCGUCAGCGGCACCACACACUCCGCAGACACCCAGUCAGCCAGGACCCCCGUCCACACCAGGGACGGCUGGCGACAAGGGCAGCCAGAAUUCUGGACAGAGUCAACAGCAUAUAGAAUGUGUUGUUUGCGGGGACAAAUCGAGCGGCAAGCACUAUGGUCAAUUCACCUGCGAAGGAUGCAAAAGUUUCUUCAAGAGGAGUGUCCGAAGGAACUUAACAUAUACAUGUCGUGCCAACAGGAACUGUCCUAUUGACCAGCACCAUCGUAAUCAGUGCCAAUAUUGUCGGCUGAAGAAGUGUUUAAAAGUGGGCAUGCGGCGGGAAGUUCAGCGAGGAAGAAUGCCUCCAACCCAACCGAACCCGGGCCAGUACGCGCUAACGAAUGGGGAUCCUCUGAAUGGUCAUUGCUAUCUCUCCGGAUACAUCUCGUUACUACUUCGGGCCGAGCCUUAUCCUACGUCUCGCUAUGGCAGCCAGUGCAUGCAGCCCAAUAAUAUUAUGGGGAUCGAGAACAUCUGUGAGCUUGCGGCUCGUCUGCUCUUCAGUGCUGUGGAAUGGGCGAGGAACAUCCCUUUCUUUCCCGACCUGCAGAUCACCGACCAGGUGUCUCUACUCAGACUGACAUGGAGCGAGUUAUUUGUGCUAAACGCGGCUCAGUGCUCCAUGCCCCUACAUGUGGCCCCACUGCUUGCCGCUGCUGGCCUGCACGCCUCGCCUAUGUCGGCGGACCGCGUCGUAGCCUUCAUGGAUCACAUUCGUAUCUUCCAGGAACAGGUCGAGAAGCUCAAAGCACUGCACGUCGAUUCUGCAGAAUACAGCUGCAUUAAGGCAAUAGUGCUCUUCACAUCAGACGCUUGCGGCCUGUCAGAUGCUGCACACAUCGAGAGCCUGCAAGAGAAGUCUCAGUGCGCCCUGGAGGAGUACGUGAGGAGCCAGUACCCGAACCAGCCCAGUCGCUUUGGCAAGCUUUUACUGCGACUGCCUUCUCUCCGCACUGUCUCUUCGUCAGUAAUUGAACAGCUGUUCUUCGUUCGCUUGGUAGGUAAAACUCCCAUUGAAACCCUCAUCAGGGAUAUGUUAUUAUCCGGGAGCAGCUUCAACUGGCCCUACAUGUCCAUUCAAUGAUCCGAAUGAGCGAGUGAAACAAAAAGACUAAAGGACCAAAAUUCUGCAAGCCCUUUCAAGAAGACUAUAUAUAUAGGACCUAAUUUCUGACCACUUAGGAAGACACUCUUUUUUGUCUUCUGGGACCGAAAUGGAAUAUGUAAUGUACAAAGAUUAAAGAACUGGACGUACUCCCGUGCAAAUCCAUCGUCGUCAUCAAGAACACUCUCCAUUUUGUAAAAUACUAGUCUUUAUUUUCUUUUCUUUUUUUUUCUUCUUUUUUUUUUUUCUUUUGUAAAGAACAAAAUACGUACAAAUAAAAUGAAGAACAUCAUAUGCGCAGUAAAUGAGCAAGACUUAGCGGGAAAGAAAUUUCCAAGCAAUUAUAAGAAAUGUCCUGUGUCUAUGUAUCUCUGUUUUGUAUUUUUUCUGGUUCUAAACCAGUUUUUUCUGUGAUUCUAUACUAAUGAUUUUGAUAUAACCUUUUGCUUCUUAUAAUGAGUGCGAUAUAUGUUGUUGAAGAUAUGUUCUCCAAGAAUUAAAAUUGAAGUGAGAAUUUAAAAAUAAAGAAAAACAUUAGACAAAUAAGACACAGUCUAAUCGCAAUGACAAUUUCACUGAUGGUUGAGCCUUCCCCCACUUGAUGCUAUGGACAUGCAACUUCGGCAAAUCUGACCUCAUGGACAUUUUAAAGGAGAGGACACCGGUGAAACUUUUUCUUGGUCGUAUGUGUGUGCGAGUGUGUGUGUUGAGUCAAUCAUCAGUCAGAGAUAAAAGACAUGAAAAGUCAAAAGCACUUUUAAUAUAUCAUUUUCAAAUACAUUUUGUUUGUUUCGUCUUGAUAUUUCCGCUAUUUCUUUUUUAUUGGAUGUUGCCUUUCAUUUUUGCUCAAUCCAUGAUAUGCCUGUGCAGAAGGGUCGCGUGAAGUUGUGUGAUGGUGACUAUACUAUUAAAAAGGAAAUAGGCAA